AUGAUGCAACCCCGAAGAUCUCCGCGAAACCCUUUCCUCUUUGCCUUGAUCUCUCUGCAACUGCAAUUCCUUUCUGGCCUAGCCGACAACAACCCAUCAGAUUCCAAAAGUGGAAAUAAAGGUGUGAGCGAACAUGUUUCCAAAGGUUCUAAGGGUCUCAAGAUACUUAUUGUAUUCCUUGGUGUGAUAGCAGUCAUAGCAUCAGGUGUUUUUCUUUUCAAGUUAUGGCAAAGGAAGAAGAGAGAAGAACAACAUGCUCGUCUUUUGAAGCUGUUUGAAGAUGAUGAUGAACUUGAGGUUGAACUCGGUAUGCGAGAUUAA